GUUCAUUUCGUACAUUCAGCUGAGAACUAUAAAAAAAAUACCGGGAUCUUUUUGCGUAGCUGCAACAAUCACUCUGUUCUGGCAACAGCCGUUGUUGAACACGGGAGCCGCUGGUGUGCUGCAGUGUGGUGCAAGCCCAUCCUAGUACCACUCCAGAGAGUUGCACAGCAGAUGUAUCUCCUUUCCGAAUCUGUCCACAUGGCUUUGACGCUUGACGAAAAUGGCCGAGACCUUGCUGUAAGGCCUGCAUUGGAGAUUUGCUGCAGCUGCCGUCGUCAGAGGUGGUUUAAACCAGGACCAUUUCCCCUGGCCGUAGCCCUUUGCAUCUUCUUAUUUCCCUUUCGAAACCGUUACUUGGUUCCAUUUUGAUGACUGACAAUGGCAGUUCCCUUGGGCGUUUUCGCUUACUCUUCGGUGAGCGCGAGUAACCCUCCUUUGGGUGACGUAUCAUCUUUCUGGCGACGACCCAAGGCUUUCAAGUUCAAGCGAGCCCUAUCGAGCAGACGACAGUCAAUCGAGUCUGCAGGCUCCCUUAUCCGCUCCAAUUGCAGGGUACAUUCCGCGAAUCACCCUGGCCAAUCUGAUCGUUCUUCUCUCAUUGAUACCCGUCAUUCGUCUUGUCAAACGAAAAUCAACCACGUUCCCAUCGUCAUUCCAAGCUAUGCGGUAGCACCUGACAGCCCCUGUACAUCAUCCGGACUUAGCUCUUCGCGAACCUCGACCAUCGUUUCUAGCAGUCAACCUAGCCUCUCUGGUUUUCCCUUGCCAAGUCGCAAAUCCGUUGGCGAUUCCUCCAGCGUGAGGUCCAGGCAUGUGGAGAUCUUGAUACCGGACUGGGCUCUACCUGUACAGAGAUUCUCUACGUCCCCUAUCAAUCUUCAUUUCGAUUUCGGGGGGCUCCAGACUCCCGUCUCACCAAAUCACACCCAGAGUCCCGCCAAUAUGGCUCGGCAGACGCCAAGUGGGAGCCGGACAAAUACCAUUGAUUCACAGACAACGGCUCCUUCUCCCUCCCAGUUAUACUCGGCCGGGUUGCGAAGCGGUAGCGGGAACGAUAUUUCAAGCCUGAACAGCAGUCAAACCAGUCUGCAUCGGCAAGACACGCAAGAUGGCCAGUUGGAGCGACCACCGACAUCAUCUGCUCGGACACCCGGCUCUGGUAUCUCUCCAUCACCAGCCAUGACAGCAGGACUUGCGACGCCCACAAGCUCAACUGCAGGCUUAUCAGGCCUAGUCUGCAACGUUCAUCGGACUACUGGUCGCGAACCCCAUCCCUUGGUAGGCGCGACCACCACGAUCCUGGGCGACAAACUCUAUGUCUUCGGAGGCAGAAGGCUGUCGCGGACAAGGCCUCAACUCACGUCAGAUUUGUACGAACUUGAUCUUGUAAAUCGACAUUGGUCAAAGGUUGACGCCAAAGGCGAUGUUCCGCCCCCACGAUAUUUCCAUAGUGUUUGUGCGCUUGGCGAUACGAAGCUGGUUUGCUAUGGUGGUAUGUCGCCUGCGACUUUGCCGACAAAUCAAACAACCGCAGUCAUACAGGGCACUCCCGCAGACGCUCAGCCCGAGGUCGUGGUCAUGUCAGAUAUCCACAUCUACGACGCGCCCACGCGGACAUGGAUGCACGUUGCCGCUAAUGAUCCGCCUCAAGGUCGAUAUGCACAUUGCGCAACGAUAUUACCAAGCUCUUCUGUCUUUGGUUCAACAAGCGCUGCAUUGACAGCGAUCAGACACAAUCCCCCUUCGACGAAUCCGAAUCAAGGCUCCAUUGGUGUUCAAUUGGAAGGUGAAGGCGGUGCAGAAAUGGUUGUAGUGGGUGGCCAGGAUAGCGCAAACCACUAUAUUGAGCAGAUUAGCGUCUUCAACCUGAGGAGUCUGAAGUGGACAGAGACAAGCACUCUGGGAAGGAGCUGUGGCGCGUACCGGAGUGUAGUGGCGCCUUUGACUAGCAUAAAUCCCAACGACAUAGGUACUGGGUCGUCACGGCAGGGAAGCCAACCAAGGACUCCCGAUGAACAAACGCCGAACACAAACGGCGAGUCGUCAAUGCUCAUUUACUCGAACUACAACUUCCUGGAUGUCAAGCUCGAAUUGCAAGUACGACACCCCGAUGGAACUCUUUCAGAGAAGCCAAUGCAUGGCAAUUUCUCACCGCCUGGUCUACGAUUUCCCAAUGGCGGCGUCAUCAACAACCACUUUGUCGUUAGUGGAACCUUCUUAACAUCAUCGAAACAAGAAUAUGCGCUUUGGGCCCUUGACUUACGAACGCUGAUCUGGGGACGGAUAGAAGCGGGUGGCAACAUUUUCAGUCAAGGGAGUUGGAAUAGGGGAGUACUUUGGAAUCGUAGGAAUAGCUUCGUGAUAUUGGGUAACCGCAAACGGAGUCUUGUCGAAGACUACAAUCACCGGCGGAUCAACUUCUCAAACAUGUGUGUAGUUGAGCUAGAGGCCUUCGGACUAUACGAUAACCCACGAAAAGUGACGCCCGCUUCGGGGUUCAAAUCUGUAAGUGCACCACCACAACACGAUCGCCUGGACAUGCUAGCUGGUGGUCGAGCGCUGUUACCUGCAGCGACUGAACUUGGUCAAAUGGCACUGGGAAUGCGAGAACUCGCAGAUAUGGACUUCCUCGCAAUACACGGUGAGCGCAUACCUGUCAACUCGCGUCUCAUUGCACGGCGAUGGGGCCCAUACUUUAAUCAACUGCUCCGUGAGAGCACACAAAACCAGGAGAAAGAGACCACAGACACUUCAACCUUGCGACCCACAGCUCAGAUGCAUCCUUCAAGAAAUUCAAGCAUCACCAUCACACCUUCUAUUAGGACAAACUAUUCAGGAGCUACAACACUCACCGCAAAUACCCUUACACCAUCCGAGUUCACAGCUGUCUCAUCGAACUCGUACGCUUCCUUGAGCCCGCCAGAUCCCUCUUCACAUCCGCCAUCCCAACGACCUCGGACACUAUAUCUACCGCACACGCAUCUCACCCUCCAGGCGCUCAUACACUUCCUGUACACAUCGUCACUUCCACCACAUAAUUCAGUCUUGUGCACACCCCAGAUUCUUUGCUCUCUUCUUCAGCUCGCUCGACCAUACCACAUUGAUGGCCUUCUCGAAGCCCUCAUCGAGCGACUACAUCUUCUCCUCGACAACAGAAACACAGCAGCGAUUUUCAAUGCCGCGGCCAUGGCAGCCGGCGGCGGCUCAGGAGUUGCCUUCCUCGGCGUGAAUGGCGUAUCAGCAGCCAACGGGACUUCAAAUGGUAUAAACCUUUCGUCUACCUCUACAGGCAACAGCACUACGAUUGCCGACGUAGAACGCAGUCUUGAUGCUGGGCUACGCGCUCUACGUGUCAAUACCGACGUAGAACGAAAUCACGAUGAUGAAGUCAGCUCCGCAGUGUCAGAUGCAACAUCUGCAUCCGCUUCUGAUAGCGGAUUCGGGGAUGGAAGCGGGAUUGACGAGAGAGAGGUGUGGACCGGGGGCGUUAGUGCGGUUGUAGGGUUGCAGAAGAGAGGCUUGAGGGGAUUGAUGGAGGGCCGAAGGAUUAGGGAGAUGGGCAGAGGACAAGACAGAAGCAGGGAUGACGGUGGGCUAGGGAAUGUUGAUGGUGUAGGACUAGGUCUACAAGGAGCGUGAUGCGCAGAGCGGGGCGCUUGAAGUAGUAGAUUGAUUACCUACAUAGCGAGAUGGAGUAAGAGUGUGUGUGGCGUCACUUCGCUUUUAGUCGGAUUCUGCUGGUUUUCUGGAGUGUGUCCAUUGGGUGUUGGAGGAUGGGAAGAGAACGAAUGAAAUGAGUGUCAUUACUAGAUACCAAAUCAUAGUGACGUCCGCCUGUCCGUCAUUGACCUUACAUGGAAGUUCAUGUCUGUCCUGAAUGGCUUCAGCGCUUCUGAGCCUCCGAUCGCCUUCCUCGUCUCCUAGCGAGUGUAGUUUCAAUGCAGUCCAAGUAAAGUCAUCGAGCUAUGAAACCCAUCGCAAGGCAACUAGCCUACACU